AUGACAGACAGCUCUCCAGAUAUUGACAUAGAGGAGGAGCUCGAACGAGAAAGAGAGGAUACACCAAUCUCAGAGGUGGAACAAGAUGACGAACCAAGCAUGAAAUAUGGGGCCGAGGAAGAAAGUGUAGAAGAACCGGACGAAUUAGAUCAAAAUGAUGCAUUUCUGAAGUUGAAGAGCUACCAGAAGUCAGCAAAAGUCCUUUCAGCAGCAGAACAGACUCUUCAAUCACAGAUCUUACUUCUUUGCUCAGCGGUCGGUGGUGUUGACGCGACAUCCGGCACUAAAAAGACUUACAUACUAGGUGUGGACUGUUUAGCGUGCCUAAAAGACAUUAAGAGGUGGAUUCAUGCAGUUGAUGAUGCAACCGAUACAUGGCAUGUUGCAGCAGCUUGUCACGAGAACUCCCUCGUGGAGAAUGACUUAAUUCCGAUCUUGAUACAAGUCCCGCACAGAACUAUUGCCUCAAAUAAGACAUAUAUGCAAAGUGUUGUGCUUACUGCACUUGAGUUGAUGGUUUCACUUACCAAGCCAUUGGUGUUAGAUAUGGAGACAGCACCGUCACCAAUGAUCAAUCUAUACGUCCAGUUGAAAAAAGAGCAUGUCAAGUGCAAGGAAAGAAUUCUAAACUAUGAAAAUGGACGGUGCUUGAGAGCUGUAGUGCGAAUAGCAUUACCAAUAAUGCAACUGCCUAGGGACCAACGGACAAACAGAGACACAAUCAUAUUGAAUCUCUGCUUGCAUUUCAUACGAAACAUUAUAAGAAUUGCUCCUGCGAACUUCACCAUCUCCAGAAACAAGUCCUCAUCCAAAACGCAGCAGGUGGUCGAUAAUAUGCCGCCUGGAAUUUCCAAAGAAGAUAUCUCGUACGAUAACUUGAUUCAGAAGUUCAGCAAAAACAAGGUGCUUAUGUUUGUUCAAACCAUAACGGCAGGCUUGGGCUCUGAGUUCGAUACUGAUGUUUUAUGCGAUGUUUGCCUUGACAUAUACUUUUAUUUAAUCUAUCGUGUGGAUGUUGACGGAGUCUUCAACAUGGAGAAGAUAGAAUCAGAAGCUGAUAAAAGCACUUCCAGCAAUGGACAGAAAACACAAACCGGUGAAGAAUUGGCUGAUCUUAUUGGCAAAGAAAAGCAGAUAAAGCAGAGCUUUUUUGGUAACAACAUGACUAGACAUGCCAACUUUGGAACAUUGCUCAGCAUCAAGGAUGGAAACAACGAUGAUUCCUUGACUGUUGGUACACAAAGUGGCUUCUUGUACACAGAUCCUUUGGAAGAGCUGGAUGCUCGUGCAUCGAAAAAGAUUGCUGCAACAAGAUUUGCAAACAGAAACAAAGAAAGCACAAAAUCGGACUUUGAUACUAGUUUGGAUGGAGAAAAUCAGAACAUCUUUUCUUCACAGGCUGCCGGAAUACUCAAGCAAUUUUGUUCUGACUUUACAGAGGCUGGAUUUACUGUUUUAGUUACAGAAAUGAGGAGGAUUGCCACUUCAAGCAGUGCCAGACUGGGUGCCUUCACGGAGUUCCACUUUUUCUAUUUGAUAUCCUGGAUACUCAAGUUUGAGUCUGUCUUGAGGAGAAAAAUGGGUAAGGAUCAACCUUUUUUCAAGCGUUAUGGAUUUAUAAUGGUUUGCUUUGAAGAACAAAUGAUCAGGUUGCUUUUAGUUGGAAGCCUUCCACGUUAUUCGCAAAGCAGGGAAUAUAAUCUUUUGGAUGCAGGCACAGACUGCUUUAAGCAAAUUCUUACGACGGUUAUAGAGAUUCAUAUGCUGGAAAAUGCGGAAACAGACUCAUUAGAAGCCAAGGAUAAAGAAGAACUCGAGGAGUACAUUUCUCUUUCAGAAUCAGUUCUUAGAAACAUUUUUGCAAAUGAAGAUGUGAUUGACAUUCUUUUCAGGAUUCCACAAGAUGCACAGAAAGUGUCUUUACGGUAUGCCGUAGACAUGACUGACUUUACACAUGUUCUAUUAAAGACUCUACACUAUCUAUCACAUCUUAAAGUGCCAAUUGUGUUGGCAAAGAAGGUGCGACAAAGCCGAAAGAGAUUUUAUACAGAGAACCACGAGGCCACUGUUUCAGAAUCAGACGAGGAAGAUGAUUUUGACAUCAAUUCACCUAACAAAUUGAAAAGGUUUCAAGUUUUAGAUAAAAACAGAUACAGUGCAUUUGAGGAGAGACUUUUCCAUGAAAGCGUUGUGAACACGUUUGUGUGGGUAUUUUCCAGGUUUGAGGAGUUGAACGAAGAGCAAGUGAAAAACUGCAUAUCGUAUUUCAGUCGGCUUUUAUUGAAAUGGAACGAGCACUUUCUAAAGCUAGUGAGACUAGACUUCAUGCUUACGAUGCAUGACAUAAAGAGGAAACACUACUCGCAUAAAACAACGAAGACUCUUUCUAAAAUGUUAAGUUAUUACAUGCGUAUUUUGCAAAAGCUCCAUCACCACAGUUCUUCCAUAUUGCUUGAGGCUAUUACAUUUCAUCAGGAGCAUGACCCAGAUGUGCGGAUGUAUCUUUUAGGAGGAGAUCUUACAUCAGUUCAUGAAAAGCAGAUGCAGAACCGGGCACCUGACUUGAUCUUUGCCUAUCCAGACAUGUCAUACUCGUACAAGAUCUCGAUUUUAGUGAGUCAGUUAUGUUAUAUGGACAAGACAAGUUUGUGUCAGAAAUUGGUCAAAAUCAUGGGUGAAUACUUGGAAAAGAAGCAAAAAGCAGAGGAUAGCAUAUCGCCAGAUGGAGGAGAAGCUACUAACAUUCCAAGUUCACCUGUGAAGCUUCCAGGUCGACUUGAAAUCCCAGAAUCGUAUGUAAGAGAGCAGAAGAAGGAUGCAACUUUGAGACUUUUACUUGAGUCGAUAGGAUUUAUUGGCAGGUAUCUUUCUGCACAAACAACAGACAGCAAACUCAAAGAGACAGUUGACUUCAUGGAUGUGACAAUCCAAAAUCCGAUGGAAAGUUUUGAGAUUGAGGGAAAACUCAUACCUAAGGAUCCAGGGCUAGUUAACAAAGCCAGUACUACUGUUGUUCAAACUACCGGAGUGACUGAAAAGGAAGCUGAUGAGUUAGAAAGGGAAGGAGGAGAGGAAACAGAAGGCAAACAUGCGGAUGCCUCAGGAGACGAAGAAGAAGAAGAAACAGGUUUCGAUGAUUUAGGAUCUGAUUCCCAGUUUGCUCCGGAUAAUUUGGAUAUGCUUGAGGCACGACUUGAAGCAAAUGAGAAGCGUGUCAAGGGACAGGCAAUCAGAAAGAGAAAGGCAAGGAAAAGAAGUCGUGAUCCUGAGGAUGAUGAUCCAAUACGUUUUGAGAAUAGAAGUAAGAAUAAUCAGAGACACAAAAAGCACAAGCAUGGCCACAAGCAUUCUUCUAAGAGAAAAAAGCAAAGAGAGAGUAAGAAAGAGGAAGCGAAGAAGCAUCUUUCAAGCAAGUACGUUGAUUCGGAUGACGAUGAUAUCGAUGAGGAGCAAGAGCAGCAAUUCUACGAUAAGGAAAAGAGGUUGCUUGAACUUGUGCAUGAGAAUAGUGAUAAACCAUUAACACCGGAACAGUAUAUGAAAGUUUUCCAUCCUGAGACUGGACCAACAACUGAAGAAAGAAAGACACACACUAGUGAAGGAAACAUGGAUAUCAGUGAUUCAUCUGAGGAGUCUGAUUCGGAUCCAGAGGAGCCAAUUGGUGGAAAUGAUGCAGAUGAAGUAGAGAUCAAAAAUGCAGGUGUGACGGAUGAAAAGUUUGAGGAAGGAGAUGAAAAUGGGAAAGAUAGAGGUGAAGAAGAGAAAGAUGAAGAAGAGAGAGAUGAAGAAGAGAAAGAUAUAGAUGAAGAAGAUAUAGAUGAAAAUGAAGAUGGGGAUAACAUCAAUAGUAAUGAUACUACCAAGGAAAAACACCCAGAAAAUAGCAUAGAUAACGAAGGAGGUACAGAACAGCAUAUAAAUCCUGAAAGCAAGAGAAAAAGAGCUGUUAUUAUGGACAGUGAAGAUGAAGACUAA